CCAGUGGAGCCCAUUUGGGGGCAAAAAGAUUUUUGGAGAAACCAAGUGCUGAAGUUUUUCCUUUUUUCAGCCCUCCCUCGGCGUCUCGCUCCAUGGCGGUUCCCGAGGCCCGCCCCAACCACACUAUUUAUAUCAACAAUCUCAACGAGAAGAUCAAGAAGGAUGAGCUGAAGAAAUCCCUGUACGCCAUCUUCUCCCAGUUUGGCCAGAUCCUGGACAUUCUGGUCUCAAGGAGCCUGAAGAUGAGAGGUCAGGCCUUCGUCAUCUUCAAGGAGGUCAGCAGCGCCACCAAUGCCCUGCGCUCCAUGCAGGGCUUCCCCUUCUACGACAAGCCCAUGCGCAUCCAGUAUGCGAAGACCGACUCGGAUAUCAUUGCCAAGAUGAAGGGCACCUUCGUGGAACGGGACCGUAAGCGGGAGAAGAGGAAGCCCAAGAGCCAAGAGACGCCGGCGGCCAAGAAGGCUGUGCAGGGUGGGGCGGCUGCGCCCGUUGUAGGUGCUGUCCAGGGGCCCGUCCCGGGCAUGCCACCCAUGACCCAGGCACCCCGCAUCAUGCACCACAUGCCGGGCCAGCCUCCCUACAUGCCGCCACCUGGCAUGAUCCCGCCGCCAGGCCUCGCACCGGGCCAGCUCCCCCCAGGGGCCAUGCCCCCUCAGCAGCUCAUGCCUGGUCAGAUGCCACCUGCCCAGCCUCUUUCAGAAAACCCACCCAAUCACAUCUUGUUCCUCACCAACCUGCCUGAAGAGACCAACGAGCUCAUGCUGUCCAUGCUUUUCAACCAGUUCCCUGGCUUCAAGGAGGUACGGCUGGUGCCCGGGCGGCAUGACAUUGCCUUUGUGGAGUUUGACAACGAGGUGCAGGCAGGGGCGGCUCGAGAUGCCCUGCAAGGCUUCAAGAUCACCCAGAACAAUGCCAUGAAGAUAUCUUUUGCCAAGAAGUAGCACCUUUCCCCCCCACCCCUGGCCUGCCCCUCACCCCUGUUUGGGGACCUCCCCUUCCCUCUUUGGCUCAGCCCCCUGAAGGUAAGUCCCCCUCAGGGGCCUUCUUGGAGCUGUGUGUGCGAGUGUGUGGUCACACAGCAUUGUACCCAGAGUCUGUCCCCAGACAUUGCACCUGGCGCUGUUAGGCCGGAAUUAAAGUUGACGUUUGGUUUUUCACAA